AUUCAAGUGAUAAUUGUUUACUGAUUCUGUAGCACUUUGUUGGCCAAUAUUUAAAGAACAGCGGGCGUUUUACUUCCAGAGUCAACAUGCCUGUGUGUGUCUCUGUGUGGGCUAUUCAAGUGAUAUUUGUUUACAGAUUCAGUAUUCUGUAUUGUGGGUGUAGGAAAGGAAAUAACAUUAUUUGUUCCUUGUUCACUGAUCGGAUGUUAGACUACGUGUCUAAGCACGCAUGUGGGUCUUGUUAACAGAGCCAACACAAUAGCUUUGCUGUACAACCGUUAACAUUAUUACAACCAUUCACCUUUGACUUUUUGUUGUCAAAGCAAAGUUUGAUGAAAUAUAGCCUCCACAGGAGUUUAGCUGUAAAAAGUUUGGUGACUUUAGCCCUCCACACCGUUUUAGCCGGCAAUCCAAAAUUUGGUGAUUAUAUGACCAAUAUAUGGUAAUCAUUAAACACUCAUUACUCAUUAACUAAAAUAAUUAGGUUAUGCAUUUGUGACAGAAUCUUGGGAAUAAUGUGUGGCAAUAGCUACAGGGUAAGUGGAUUUUUUUUUACAGUCAAAUUGUAAACAAAAACAUUUUUCAAACUAAUGCAACCUCUGAAUUGGUGGAUGUUUUGAAAUAAUUAUGGACAUUUUAAGCAUCAAUUCUCACAACAUUAAACCAGAUUUUUAUCAUUGGAUUUCACAGAUCUCAAGAGCCAUCAUUGACUGUACAUGAUUUAAUCCAGACGAGUGAAUUAAUCGGUGAAGGUUUACCCAAACGAUAUCGUCUCUUCACAACCAAAAGUAAUCUUUAUGAAGAUGGUUCAGUGAGACAAUGGACAUUUGGACAGUGAUGUGUCAAUAUUCAAAACAAAAUCCUACUGAUGGUAGGAGAAACUGGAAUAGGAACUCUGAUCAAUGCUAUGUAAAUUAUAUACUCGAGGUAAAGUUUAAAGAGAUUUUAGUGAAGGGAGGAGAAAGUAUAAUGAAAAGUAUAACAGAGCUCUCCAGACAGCUUGGGAACAAACAGAGGACAGUGUAAAUGAUUUCUUCACCUCACUGAACAAACAGAACAGAAAAAGCUUAAAGCAGAGUUCAAACGACUUGAAGCGUGUAUUUCUAAUCUACAAAACCAUAUUGAGUAUAAAGAGGAAAAAGGGAGUGUCCUGAUGAGUGAAUUGUUUGAGAGGAAAGAGCUGGCUAUCACUGCCUAUCUUGGACUCUCAAGCUAUUUUUAGACCUGUGUUGAAGUGUGCAGAGAACUGAAAGUCUUAGAGAAAGAGUUGCAUAACAUUUCAAGUGUUUUUCAGCCUAGUAACAGCUUGAUGUUCAUUGGUUGGAUUUUAACACUCAGGUCUGACUCCCUCAUCAGGUGACCACAAAAUCCUUGCUGUUAAUAAAGUCACAACAGCGUUAAUUAUCUCUAGUCUUCAUUUUGCUCAUGAAGGACAAUUCUACUUUGCUUAAGCAGGUCAUACAAUUGUGCCUGAAUCUUCUGACAAAUCUGUGGGAAUUGAACUAGUAUUAUGGCUACAGGAUUUAACAGAUGUCAAGAGUCAUCAUCAACUGUACAUGAUUUAAUCCAGAAGAGUAAAUUAAUCAGUGAAGGUCCACCUGCACGAUAUCAUCUCCUCACAACCAGAAGUAAUCUUGAUGAAGAAGGCUUAGUGAGAAAAUGGACAUUUGGACAGAGAGGUGUGAAUAUGCAAAACAAAAUUGUACUGAUGGUAGGAGAAACUGGAACAGGCAAAACUACUCUGAUCAACGCCGUGACUAAUUAUAUACUGGGGGUGAGGUUUACAGAUGAAGUGUGGUUUGAGAUUACAGAAGAGGGAAGAGAUAAUCACAUGUCAGAUUGGUCAAAAUGUCAAACAACUAAAAUCACUGUGUAUGAGGUGUUUGCCCAAGACAACCCAAUCUGUCUUACUGUCAUUGACACUCCAGGUUAUGGAGACACCAGGGGAGUAGAAUAUGACAAACAGAUUGCUGACAACCUUAGUAAACUGUUCCGCAAUGACACUGGAGUGAAAGAAAUUGAUGCAGUGUGUCUGGUAGUGAAGGCAUCUGAGAAUCGAUCCACUGACAGACAGCACUACAUCGUGGAUGCACUUUUGUCCUUAUUUGGUAAAGAUAUAGAGAACGUUGUGAUGUUUAUCACUCACUCAGAUGGAUUGCCUCCAAAAGAUGCUCUUAAUGCUAUCAAGAAAGCAGCAAUUCCAUGUAGGAAAAAUGAAGAAAAUGAACCCGAGCAUUUCUUAUUUAACAAUCGUCAAACUGAAAAAAGGAUCAAAAAGUAUAACAGAUUUCUCCAGACAGCUUGGGAACAAACAGAGGACAGUUUAAAUGAUUUCUUUGCCUCCCUGAAAGAACAGAACAGAAAAAGCUUAGAGCAGACUGAAAAUGUUCUGACUGAGUCCAAACGACUUGAAGCCUGUAUUUCUAAUCUAAAAGAUUGUAUUAAGUUUAUAGAGUGCAAAGGUGAAGAACUGACUCAGAUUCAGAAAGCUCUUGAGAUAAACAGAGAAAAGAUUAAGAGAAAUGAAAACGUUACUUUUACAGUCACCAAAUAUUACAAAGAAAAAGUUCCCAUUGAAGAUGCUUCAUGGGAGAACAGAAAGGUGACCAGUUGCUCUGUCUGUGAGGAGAACUGUCAUGAACAAAACUGCUAUAGAGCCUUGAAUGCUGGGUGGUGUAAAGUCAUGAAAAAAAAACACUGUACUGUAUGUACAGGUAAAUGUCACUACACUAAACAUGUCAGGGAAAACAAGAAAUAUGUUACAAAGAGCAACAAGACCGAAGUGAGUUUUGAUGAAAUUCUACAUCAAUACAAAGAUAGCAAUAAAUUAAAAUCAUAUGGCGAGUUUGACAAAAAGGCCUUUGAAAAUGUCAAAAACAAGUUUGAAAGCAACAAGAAACAGGAAGAAGAGAAGACAAGCAUAGAGAAGAGACUGAAAGAAGAACUGAUUGAGAAAGAAAAGAAAAAAGCUAAGUUGCUGGAAGAAGCCUACACCACCAUCAUGAAACUGUCUGAGAUUGUUUUAAAGCCAGACUCUGCUUUCAUUGUUCAGUGUCUUGACUUCUUGAUCCCUCGAGCUGAGGAAAUUGGAAGAGAAGUUGUUGCUCAGAAACUAACAGACCUAAGGAAAAUUCAACCUGAAUCACAGGAACGGGUUAAUGCUGUAAUGGGGUAUUUUAACAAACUCAAGAAUGUUGUUACUGGUAAAUAAAUGAAAUCUGAAGAUUAAAAAUGGGCACGUAACAUGUAAUAAACACGACCAUAUUUGUAUCUCAUGUACAAGUGUUGUUCAAAUAAUAAAACACACUGUGUUAAUGUCAGGAACUGCUGGACUGUUCCCUGCCAGGCCUGAGGAAGGUGUUGGCAGGUGAACCCGAGAAGCCUCCUUGUUCGUGUGUCUUGUGAUUACCUGUCCUAUUGUUCUCCCCCCUGAUUGUCUCACCUGUACCCAGUUUACCCUAAUGUCUAGCCCUAUAAAUAGGGAUCCUUUUGUGCUUGUCUUUGUCCGUGAUUGUUUACUGUUAUUCGUUCCGUGGUUCCAGUCCGGCUAUGCGCCUGAGUUGAUCUUGUUACCUGUUCGGUCUUUAUUUUCCUUUUUUAACCUCGUAUCCUGUUCGUCUUCCCAUGUCGUGUCUUCAUGUCAAUAAAAGCAGCGCUUCGCUGAAUCCUGUGUCUGGGUCUGCGUUCAGCCGCGUACUAGCGUGGGCAUGCGCACCACGGAUGGCCUGGGUUCGAGCCCCGCCUACGGCGAGGAUCCCGGCCGUGACCGUUAAUUAGUGUAGAUUCAAUGAUUUUACUUUGUUUUGAUAAUCAUUUAAAACGGUUUUGAUUACAGCUGAGUUAAUUAUGACAGUGGAUUUUUUUUUUUUUUACAUGUUCUGUAUUACACGUGAACCUAUACUGUUCAUGAAUAGAUGUUUAUCCCCUUCUUUUAACUUGAUUUGAGUUAACUAGCUGAAUAUUGUUAAUCCCACUCUUGCUAGUGUCCUCUGUAUAACUAGUUUAUCUGAAUUCCUUAUUAAAUAUCUAUCAUU